UGCUAUUGAAAAAUGUUUUCAAUAGACGCGUCGCGGGCGCCGCCGCUACAAACCUCUACGUAUGAGCACAAAAUCCUGUCUGCGACCGCUGACAUGGCUGACUGAUGUGGUUCAGUAACGAGCGAGAUGGCCGAUACUUUCGGUAGGGCAGGGAAGUUCCUAGUGUUGUCGAAUGGUUGAGGACUAUGGUCAAACUGUAUAGGUCAGUGUGGCUGACUGAAUCGACUUAAUUUUAUAUUAUACAUGUUCGUAGCUUUUACCUCAGAGGGGUUAUCUUGUGCCCUAAUAAUUUAUGAACUGAUGACAGCCUUGCGUGGGAAGUGCAGAGUCGACCUGACGCCAUUUUUUUUUAAAUAUUUGAGUGUUCAGAUAAUUUUGGGAUGUCCAUCGUGUUUACAAUGGACUUAAAAUCUUGGUAGUAAUGUGAAUGUUGGAAACUGAAUCAGAGUGUUGUCCAAAAGAUUAUAAUUACAGAUGAGGAAGCAUGAGAGUUUAAAGUUCUUCUAUAUCUAAAAACUACAGAUAAAAAUUUCAUUAUAGUGUGCAUAACUGUUUAUGUAAACAAGAUAUAGUAUAUUGAAGAAAAACGGAUAUAGUCACGUUGGAAUAUUCCACGCACUCAAUCAUUUCGUUCAGAGACUUUAUCAAUAUCUGGUUACUGUUAUGCCCCUGUAAUGAAGAUGCAACAGUAAUAUCUACUAUUUGAAAACAUGUAAUAGUGAAACACUAUUAAGGUCGUUGACCAUGUUUUAGAAUCUAUUUUUUUUGUGGUUGCUUAGCUUUUUGUGAUGGUCUUAAGUGAUGCAAAUAUUAUUAAAUCCGGCCAGGUAUAGAUCUUAUAACUGCAGUGAUGUAUUCGCGCAAUCUCAGCAUGUUACAGAACCGUUAUAAUGACACACUGUAUAGGAACGUGAGAAAGAAAGGAAAAACAAACACCACAAAGUGUCACCUGGAAGGAAGAUGAACAAAAUAUUUUGUCAGAAUUAUAAUAUUGUACUUUAAAAAGGCGACCUUUGUGGCCAAAACGUCAUCAUUGGUAAACAGUAUUUCAAACAUAUGUGGUUUCAUUUAUCGGCCAGACAAACAUGGAUGAUCUUUAUCUCUUUCUAAAAGAAUCCUAUUGAUACUUUUAGAUUUAGACGAGUUAUAUUUGUGUGACAUUUUUUCUUUGAUAUAUGGUCAUGAAUCGACGAGAUGCUAUUUCGAUCAUUAAAACCACAGAUGUUGAACAAUAUUAGUCUUAAGGCGCGUCCAGACAUGUGUAAUGCAUCGUGUAAUGUAACGCGAAUUCUCCGUUUGGACGGAACUGCGAGCAUUACGUGUAACGCUCGCCGAAUGGUUCGAGGGAAUCCAUCGGAUGUCGGUUUUUUGCCCGACCACAAAGGCGCUCGCGCUGAGCUCGCAGUCUACGUUUGGACGUGAUUCGAGUUGUAUGUGUUAUUGCGACAUCGAGCCCUAGUUCGGGAUAAAUUAAUAACGUCUAUAAAUCGUAUUUAGUGUUAGUUGAGGUGUUAUUUUUAAAAUGUGGAGUGAAGAAAAGUCACUAGAGUUAAUUGAACUGUACAAAAAUCAGUCAGUCUUAUGGAAUCCGAAAGACCCUACAUAUUUUAAAAAACCAUUAAAAAAUGAUGCUUGGCGAAAAAUUGCAGACUCUCUGGGGAUAGAAGCAGAAGAGUGCAAACAUAAAAUGAUUAGUUUAUUUGCAUCCUAUCGCAGAGAGAAGGCGAAAGUAAAGAAGCACCUAGGAACCGGAAAAGGCAGUCAAGAAAUAUAUCAAAGCACAUGGUUUGCCUAUGAAGCACUGGCAUUUUUGGGAGACAGGGACAAUCCAAGAAAAAGACUUAAUUCUAUGGCAGUAGACAUCGACGUCGUAAGUAACAGUGUUUCUAGAAAUGAUCAAAAUGAUAGUGUGAAGGAAUCAGACAUGCCAAGAGAGUCCAUUUCACAUUCGCAACCACCAAAAAAGAAGAGAAGUUACACGGAACCUAGAGAAAUCAACAAAAAAAUUGAAAUGCUAGCUGAAGCCCUCGACAUACUAAAGACAACGACCACUCAGACUCAACCUGCAUCAAAUGUUUCAUUAGAUAACGAAAAUCUUCACUUUAUUAAUUUCAUUGGCAGCAAAAUGAUGAGGUAUCCACCAAAUGUUCGGAAUGCUGUAGAGCGUGCUAUAACAGAUGUAUUAUUUAAAGCUGAUGAAGGAUAUUAUAAUUUUUAUCCUAAACAGUACCCACAGCAGUUACAGCAAUGGCCUAGCAACAAUACGACAUGCACUACCUCUCAAACGCCCGCACCUCCCGUACGUGUGGAGGUACCCGCUAUUUCCCCAUAUGGAACGUUUUCUGAGCCAUCUCCCGCCUAUUCACAACUAUCUCAAGAAUCUUUCGACAUUCAAGAUUUGGUGUAA